AUGAACAAGGUAGGCAUUUUCGGAUUAUACCUGCGCAUCCACAGUAGGUUUGAUCGGGCGUGUCAAUAGCCCUUUUAAAAUUGGAACUGGUGUGCUUAUUUACUUGACUAGUCCACAAUCUUUUUAUCACAGAGCUUUUAACAGGAAAUUUUGCAACGAUGGCGUAUGCAGACUUGGAGUGCGUAUAUGAGAGAAGGGCGCCUAAUUCCAAAGACAGGGAUUAGUGGUGAGAGAAGCUUAAAGGCACACCGAAGAGCUGCAUUCGUCAAUCUGCAGGUACUGAGAGCACACGCCAAGGGUUCUGAGAUUAUUUAGUUAUCAGAGGGAGAAUGUAAGUUGGGUUAUGUUUUACUGCCGACGUACUGGGUCGAUUCUCUCUUAUUUAUCCUAAGGACCGCGGCGGCAGGAAGCCAGUUGCUACUGGAAUGCCGGUGAUGUAAAUGUACGCCAAGGCUUUAGGAGACUUUGAAAGGCCUAGAGUCAAAUCAGACUUUUUUGACGGUCACUGAAGGUCCGUUGAAGAUCCCAUAUGAUGCCUCCUCCUUCUCUCCAGUCCGUAGACUACCCUUCGGCAGUAGUAAGUUGCAUGCGGCCUGGAAAAGGAAGGCUGAGGUUUUAGUUGAGUCUGCUUGUUGCGAUUUUGACUGGGAUGGAACGUUAUUAAUGGGUGACGCUUGAUCUCCGUCCUAUAAGUGAACUUUACGGGAGUCCAAGUGCAUAUAUUGCAAUGACUUGCUUUGAUAUAACCUUUUAUUUAUUGCGAACAUAUCACGUAAUCUGUCAGUCAAUAUAAAAGAUUAAUUUCUAGACUAGCUUGCCAUGAUACUGAGAGACUGUGUUAACCAUUAUGGACUCACACAACUGUGCACCUUUGUUGACCGAAAUCGAAAUGAUCUCACAAGGCAGCUGGGCGGGGAGCAAUUGUCCGGCAGCCCCUUCGUAACGGAUAGCCCCGAUGCACACAACUGCAAUUGUGAAAUUAAAAUUUGGACAAUUCACUGAAUUAGGGGCAUUCGUCGUGAGCAAUCGCACGGGAUUCUAUGGUUCAUCAGAAGUGAAAAUCUGUCGUAAAUGCUAAUGUUCUCACGAACUAACGAGUUAUAUCCCACGAGCCCCUAGCCUUAAAAGCAGCAAGUAAAACUGAGCAGUGAAUAAUAUAGAGAUUUUGAACGUUAAGAAAACUGACAAUAGAAUACCACAGCGGAGCACGCUAGCAAGGCGGGUUGUACAGGUGUGUUGUUUUUCGCCACAUUCAAACAAUCAAUCCGAUCAAGGAAAAUAGGACUAAAUUGUCAAAGGUAAAUUAGUCCGGUACCUCCACAAAUCCAUAUUUUCGGUUGGCGCUUUCUGCAAUUGUACGUGGCUCUUUGAACAAACAUUUAUCCUCUGUUUUAGACUCUCUCCACUGUGCUGGCCACCAUCAGAUGGCUGGCCAUCAUCAGGCGGCUGGCCAUCAUCAGAUGGCUGGCCAUCAUCAGGCAGCUGGCCAUCAUCAGACGGCUGGCCACCAUCAGACGACUGGCCAUCAUCAGACGGCUGGCCAUCAUCAGACGGCUGGCCAUCAUCAGACGGCUGGCCACCAUCAGAUUGCUGGUCACCAUCACCACCGUAAGAUGAAAUAUACCAUCCAAUUUAUUUUAUCGUCUUAAUCGCCUUACUUUCCAUGCGAUCGAACCGAAACAUGUGUGUACUUUUUUAAGUCAAUUACGUAAUCGAGUAAAAUUCUGCCGUUGUCUAAUAGCGCCAGAGGAGAACUGACUUCGCAAAACACUCACCACUACUGCACGUGUGGAGAUAAAAAUAUUUCCAUUUGGAUAUUCCACUUGCAUAUGGAUUAGUGAAGCUCCUAAAGGCAAGACUGUCCCAAUAGUGUGAGUCCCACCAAAAGCGUCACACUUGCAUCCUGACGUUCCAAGCAUCGCCGUCGUCUGCCCAUCCUCGGUAACACUGCCCAGCUUCCACUAGUUACAUCACUCCGACUGUCAAUAACAACAGUGUCCAUUGUCUGUCCCCAUAUUUGGAGGUCUCAGGACAGCGACUUGCGCGUGAAUUAGUUUGUGGUAAGAGGAGAAGUGCACUGCAUCUGUCGUGCUUUCACCUAAGCCUGGUGUUAAAAUCAGGUCUGGACAAACGGGACCAGACGCAGGCGCAGCGGCUAACAAGGCCAACAGCACGUGACCGCAUUCCAUGCACAACCUGGUCGGCGUACAGUGAACUGUAUAUUCACAGAAACAGGGUACGGGACGACUCAGAUCCCAUAGGGCUACACCAAGAAAGAGCCAUUGUAGCCUGACUCUCCGUCUCGAGAGAGCUGAUUUAUCCUGUAGAUUGGCAACCUUCCAAGCGCUUUGGGAUAAAUUCAAGCGGGUCAGACUGUUUAUAGAGAGGAAUUGGCGCUAAGACCGUCGAGCUACCGCUGCCCCUACCCUCUCCCAGGCACCAGUCCGCUGUCCGGAGUGGCUACGCUGGGAUUAGGCGUAGGUUGCUGGACGGAACGAGGCGCGCCACACCACACCCCGAUCUGAUGCAUUUGUUAUUGGGUGCGUGAACUCUGUGUAGCCUAGGUAAACGCAUAUCGUGUCCUAGCGUGGUCCCCUUCACUGGCCGGGUUCAUCGCCCGCGUGACCAGUUUUAAGGAUUAACCGGCAAGAUCCGAUUUCGUUAGUGGCUAGGGGGUAGAGGUUAGGGGUUUGGGUUAGGGAUUAAGGUUAGGGGUUGGGGUUAGGGAUUAAACUGAGUCAGAGAGGCUGUGAGAGCGCAGGUGCCUACUGACACAUCUUCCAUUCCUCCAGAUAUCUCCAUGGUUUCGUAGACGAAUGUCUAUACCAAGGGCACGCGCGGGUCAGUUGGGAGCAAAAACAACAACCUGAAGUCUUGCCUGUCUCUCAAGCCACCGAAUUUGACGCUAGGGUCACUCACUGUGAGCCGGGCAGUACCUGAUGCCUGCACGCGUAGCCUGAGGCCGUGUCAACUGCUAGGACCAUUUAUCUAACUGCUAUGGCGCAACAGCCAAAUGGCCAAAUAUAUUUGUACUCUUAUAUGUAUCAUAGCUGUAAUGGGCAAACAUUGUAUGCUGCCGCGAACAGCACCAAGAACGAUCAUCGAUUCGUCCUCGAAAGUGAGCAGUUAUUCAGAUGGGCCGAAAUAAGAAUGAUGGGAGUACUCACUGUGGCCCGACAGUCUGAAACGCGCUUGGUCAAUCGUAAUCGACUUGUCUGACCUCCAUAAACCUAUCAGAUAACGUCGAAGUAUGGAAAAUGUCGACAAGAGGUCAUGCAAAUGAAUCCAACACAGGUGGUCCCACAGGACCUAAUUAAAAUCUACACUUUUUCAUGCUAUCUUUUAUCAGCGAUGUGUUCAGGCACGAGUGUGAAAUGUCAGAUAAGAAAACUGCCCUCCCUUCCAUUUUGACGACUGAAGGCAGUACAGCGGAAUAGGGUGGCGGCCAACUCAUUGGUCUUAGGAGCAGACACCCGAUUUUGUGGACCUACUUGGCAAAAGCCUGUCAAAGCUUGCAAAUGUUGUGACUGCCAUAGUAAACUAGGGCGGGUGACCCGAAACACGGCGAAUCGCGGGUCAGUUUCCCACCAACAGCAGGUCUUGGAGAUCCACGUGGCAGGUUUUAUGUCCCUGCAACCCAUGCCCUGCACAGAGGAAGGUGUACAAAGUACCUCGCCAUCUAUAAAAAGGAGUAGUUGACAUCGCUACUUGGAACAUCAUGGCUCAAAUACAUCCCUCCUGGUGAACGUAUCUCCUUUCCCAACUAGGGCUGUGCACGUCAUUACAUGACUUAGAGAACUUUUUCACAUUGCCAAAACCAGCCUACUGAUCAAACCCUAGUAUUUGAAUUGCUUCCAUACAAGAGAGAGUCAUCAAUAGUUUGAUCGUAAUUUUGUUCUCGACGCUUAAAUCUCCAGCGAGACUCCGUAGCUUAAUACUUUUUGUGAUUGCUCUUGCCUUAUCUUUGCACACAGAAAUAUCUGCAAUGCUUUGGUUUGUCUCUUUGUAUAGACUGCAGUCACUCAGAAAACCCAACCGGAUUUGUAG